AUGUCUUUCACAGCAAAUCCUCGAGCACCCAAGCCUGAAGACGUCGGAAUCGCCCAAGAACCAACAGGUGCAGUCGCUGCCGACUCCCUGGCAGCAGAGUCUCUGCAUAACAAGGGUGCGUUCGCCGAGAACACGAACGCAGCAGUCCUGGGCGUGAAGGGCAAUCAGUCCACUCUCAACAAUGCCGAUACCUCCGGAGCCACUGCUCUUCCUCCGGCUACUGACGGCUCCUACCGUGAAAAGAAAGAUGCCCUAGGCCAAGGGGCAGAUGUAAAAGGUGUCACGGGAUUGAAGUACCCAGAGGGUGCGGGUAAGGCACAAUUUGAUGGCCACCAUAGCGGCCAAGGUGCCUACUCCGGCGGCGGUUCAAGUGCAUUCAACCAGACAGGAGCUGGAACCGGGCUUGGUGGUUCGACUGGUGGACCGGCAGGAUCGAGUGAUUUCGGCGCAUCUACGAUGUCGUCGUCCGCAGGCGGUCCUGAUCAAUCUCAAAUCCGAUCUGGCGACGCAGCAACCAAAGGUACUUCUGGCACCGGUGGUGGCGCUGGAAGUGGUUCAGGUAGUUCAGGUCCUGCAGCAAGCCAAGGGAUUCGUCCUCACGUAGAUGCUGCACCCGGCUACGUUACCAACGUCACCGGUCAGGCCAUGUCCGACAGCACCUUCAAGCCGAAGGGUGCCAACCUUGAAGACGCCGACCAAUCGGAGAGCAUCCCAAAGACAAAGACCUUUACCGGUGCUAUCGGCACAGUGAACGACCCCGGCAGGCUUGCGGAAAGAGAAUUCGAGGGACGAAACGAGGAUCCGGUGGGUGAGCUUGGCCAGGCUGGUACAGAGGGUGGCCGGUCGAGACAGAAAGGUGAGGAGAGCCAAGCUGGUGAGGCCGGACAGUAUGGUGUCUUGCAAACCGAACGCGCAUAA